AUGGAGUGCCACCACGACCCCGGAAAGUCAAUGCUGCUUUCAUUAUCAUCAUCGUCUAGUAAUAGCCAUCUGACCAUGCCUGGGGUGGGAGGACACAACAUGGUGGAUCUUCGUAGCUUGAUUUUGUAUAAGGCUUGCAGAAAUACCUGCAUCUAUAACCCCACCACCAGACAAAGCCUGACCUUGCCCGCCGUCAAAUCCAACAUAUUUGCCCAACAAGACUCUCUCAAGUACGUCUUCUACUACCUCGGACAUGAUCCUGUUCUUGAUCAAUACAAAGUUGUCUGCAAUGUUGCUCUAAGUUCCCAGAAAGAUUUCAAAAGGAUAACCUCGGAGCAUUGGGUCUUGGUGCUGAAAGCCGGAGAUUCCUGGACCAAAAAAGAGUUUGAUCAAUCUCACUUGCCUACAAAACUAGGGUCGUGCAGCAAUGGAGUUAUACACUACUUGGCUACCACUAGUGCCUCUCGCCCUACCAACCUUUUCUGUUUCGACGUUAGGUCUCAAGAGUUUAACAUGAUUAAAGAGGUGCCUGAAUUUGGUGAGCAUGUGAGAGUCAUAGAAUAUGGUGGAAAGCUGACAGUUUUUGAUCAUACUCAUCUUCCACAAAAUGGUUUGGUUGACUUAUGGGUCCUGGAAGAUGGUGGAAAAUGGUCCAGGAAACCUCUAGCUUUGCAGCCUUCUCAGAUGCAUUUAGUCGAUGGCAUUAACCAGUUGGUCCUGAAAUGUACAACUCAGAACGGGGACAUCAUCUUGGUACCCAACCCGAUGCCUUCCUCUAGUUACUUUCUCUUUUAUGAUCCGCAAAAGAAUGAUCUGCAAAAGGUUAAUGUCAGUGUAACAUAG